UUGCACUUCGCAAAGAAAUAAGCUACUCUUUUUGUACUUAUUUAUAAACAGUAAAAGAUGGAUUUGCUGAACAGUUAUGCAUCAAGCGAUGAAGAAGAUAAUCUUAAGUCUACUGUAUCGUCAGCAACGAAAGCUAUUGCCAAAGUGAAUGCUGCACCAGACACUAGCUACGAUGAACAUUUAUCAGGUGCGUUGUAUACAGCACCCACAGCCACAGCACUUACUGUUAACGUACCGUAUGAUGAUAUGUCGCGCCCUAUUUUGGGUCCAAACAACCCUUAUCACCAACCUCAAAUGGCCAUCCAAAACGUCGUGAACGGCCAUGUCGAACAGCAAGCUAUUUCGGAAAUGGAUUUUAGAACUCAAUUCCGUACGUUUGAGACUUACGGUUACGCGCGUGAUCCUUCCGUUCAUACAACAGAAACUAAUUUGGCGGGGCAAACAGGGGAAGGCGUCAUGGGGACAGGAUAUGUUGGUGAUAUCAAUGCAGCAGCAGCGUUAGGAGGCAUUACUGUAUUAGACAGAGCAGGAAAAGAUUUGAGGAGAAAUAAAGAUAUGAAGAAGAAGCGUGAAUCGAAGGGACGAUUAGAUCAAAUAGAGGGUCCCGAUGCAUAUAAAGGUCCAUGGGCUGGAUAUGAAGAUGAUCAAGUAGGAAAAUCGACAGGCAUACCUCAACAACAGAACGACGGAGAAGCAGCUGAAGGAGGAGAAGAUGAAAAGAAUAAAGAAGAGACAGCAGUGGCUCAACAAGCCGGCAAACAGUUUUCAGUUCAAAACAUUGCGAAGCAAUCCACUACAGAUUACACUAUUUUCCACGGCUCAUCAGAAAGAGACUAUUUGGGUCGUACGUAUAUGGCUGUGCCUCAAGAUGUCGACAUCAAUUUGUUUGGAGAACCUGGUUCACAAGAAUGCUUUAUACCCAAAAAAUUGAUUCAUACAUGGGAAGGACAUCAGAAAGGUGUUGCCAGCAUCAAAUUCUUCCCCAAAUCAGCGCAUCUUUUAUUAAGUGGCGGUAUGGAUAAUGAAAUAAAGAUUUGGGAUGUUUAUCACGAUAGAAGUUUGUUACGUUCAUACUUGGGACACACGAAAGCAGUGAGAGACAUUGCAUUCAACAAUGACGGUACAAAGUUUCUUAGUGCAAGUUAUGACAGAAAUGUUAAAUUAUGGGACACAGAAACAGGACAAUGCAUCCGAACCUUUUCUACUGGUCGCUUACCAUAUUGUGCCACUUUCAAUCCUGACGAAGAUAAACAGAAUAUCUUCUUAGCAGGGUAUUCAGACAAAAAGAUUGUACAGUUCGAUAUAAAUACUGGAGAAAUCACACAAGAAUAUGACCAGCAUUUAGGCGCUGUAAACACGAUUACAUUUGUGGAUGACAAUCGACGUUUUGUUACGACAUCAGAUGAUAAGACGAUGCGUGCUUGGGAAUAUGAUAUUCCUGUUGUGAUUAAAUAUAUUGCUGAACCAGAUAUGUAUGCCAUACCAGCAGUGACGCUGUCACCGAAUAAAAAAUGGCUUGCUUGUCAGUCUUUGGAUAAUCAAAUCUUAAUAUAUGGUGCUCGUGAUAAAUUCAGACUGAAUAGAAAGAAACGAUUUGCUGGUCAUCUUAUUGCUGGUUAUGCUUGUAAACCUGG